AUGACAGACACCCAGCACGGGUUGCUACGGCUCGUGCGAGAUCUGCAGGCGAAGGAGACGCUGUGUUGCGCCGACGGUGUGUCUCUCGAGCAGCUAAACCGUCACGUGAUGACGCACGGUCCGUUGGUGCAUCCCGUUCUUGGCGACCUCCCUGGCUUCUUCGUCGAUGAUGGCCGCUUUAUUCCAUUUCGGAUGGCCGUCCCCGGUCGCUCCGUGAUCAGACCGCAAAUUAUCACUUUACUUAUCCAGUGGGUCAAGUGGGGUGUCCACGGUGGAAGAGUGAGCGCGCAAGGCAAAUAUUUUCUGGACGGCACGCUGCUCCGGGCCCCCGAUGUGGCCUACACACCUCGCCCAGACACUAGACAAGCAACAGAUUCACCUGAGUGGACUCUUGGUGGGGCUCCUUUUGCUCCGACUUUCGUGGUGGAAAUCGACACCCUCGCUGGGCCGCAUUCAGGGCUCGAGGCCCUUGACGACAAGCUGCGACGUGAGUAUUUCCCUAAUGGCGUUCAAUUGGGGUGGCUCAUUGAUCCCGCGAACAAAAUCAUGUACGAGUACAAGCGUGAUGCCCAAGGAAAUAAUGGACUCGUUCGACGCGUUGACGAUGAAACUUGGAGAGAUCUCGAUGGGGGCACCGUUUUGCCAGGAUUUCAACUACAAGCAGUACUUCUGGAUAUGGUGUUGAGCCCCCAGGUGUCUGGCUCGUCAUCGGAAGAGGAGGAAGAAGAGGACCUGGUGUGCCCCUAUUCAAACUGCAGAGAGCGCUUCAGAACUUCUACUCCAAUCGCUGCCCAUAUUGCGAGGCACCAACACGAGAAAGCCCUAGCGAAGUAUCUGGCGCAGUAA